AUGUCCCACCCACAAACCCUCUUCGCCCAAACCACCUUCCACGGGCCCUCCCUCCUGCAGCGCCGACGCACCACCAUCGCGCGCACGACGGUAAAAGCGCAGCUGCGCAAGCUGAAGGAGACGGGGCGGUACCGGUGCUUCUCGCUCGAGCGCCAGCCCAUCUACGACGACGACGACGACGCCCGGCGCUGGCCGUGCCCGGCGCCCAUGUACUGGGACAGCGACGUCGCGAAGUGGAUCGAGGGCGCGUGCUACUUGCUGGCCGAGGAGUACGAUGCGGAGGUCGACGCGGCGGUCAGGGAGCUCGCGGAGAUGAUCAGGGGCGCGCAGCAGGAGGACGGGUACCUGAAUACGUGGUUCACGAUCGUGGAUCCACGGGGAAGGUGGUCGAAUGUGAGGGAUCAGCAUGAGUUGUAUAACGCCGGACAUCUGAUAGAGGCUGCUCUGGCGCACAGCAACUACUACAAGAACAACCGCCUGAUAGAGCCCAUUGAGAAGUACGUCAAGAUGAUCAGCACCGUUAUUGGACCAGGUCCGCAUCAGAAACACGCCUACCCGGGCCACCCGGAAACCGAGCUCGCGCUCCUGCGUCUGUACGCAGCGACGGGGAACCAGGACGCGUAUGCACUGGCGCAGUACUUUAUCGAGGAGAGGGGCAACCCCAAAGGCCAGGAUGGGAUGCACUACUAUGACUGGGAGCGGAAGCAGCGUGGCGACAGCCCGUGGAAGCGCCCCGAUAGCUACCAGAUGCACGAUAGCCACUGGUACAACCAGGCCCAUGCGCCGAUUCUGGAGCAGACCUCUGUCGAGGGACACGCUGUGAGGGCCAUGUAUCUGUAUACGGGGGUCGCCGAUCUGCUAUGUCUAGACAAGCUCGGCCUGAAGGCGUACGCGCGCAAAAACGAGUAUUUCGGCGCCCUAAGCAGGCUGUGGAACAACAUGGUGGACAAGAAGAUGUACCUGACCGGAGGAAUCGGGUCGAUGUGGCAGUGGGAAGGCUUCGGGAUCGACUACUUCCUGCCGCAGGGCUCUGACGAAGGGGGCUGCUACAACGAGACGUGCGCGUCCAUCGGCGUCAUCAUGCUGGCCGAGCGCCUGCUGCACCUCGACCUGAACUCCAAGUACGCCGACGUCAUGGAGCUGUGCCUGUACAACGCGGUGAUGACGGGCGUGAGCCUCGAGGGCACCGCCUUCACGUACGUGAACCAGCUGGCGAGCUCGGGCGCGGACAGGAGCCGGCGGGAGGACUGGUUCGACACGUCGUGCUGCCCGCCGAACGUGAUGCGCCUGUUCGGCAGCCUGGGCGGCUACCUCUGGGAUUACGGGGGUGGCGGGAAGGACGCCUACGUCAACGUGCAUCUGUACUCGACGGCCAAGGUGGCGUUUCAGGUAGAAGACGACCAGCAGAUCGUCACGCUCGAGCAGAAGUCGAACUGGCCGUGGGAGGGCAAUGUGUUAUUUCAACUACAUGCACCCAGGCCCGUAAGCGUCACACUUAGGUUGAGGAUCCCUUCCUGGGCUAGGAGGGGAUACACGUUAACCCCGAGUUAUAAAGCUGCCCGGCUUGAGAAGGGCUACCUAGUUCUCCCACCUGCGUACACAGAGGCGAAUAGGGCCUUCUCGAUCCAGAUCGAGGGAUUCAAGCCUCGGUUCGUCUCCCCACACCCCUAUACCAAUCAGGGCACCUUGGCCCUGGCCCGCGGCCCAUUAAUCUACUGCGUGGAGGAUGUCGACAACCCCUGGGAGGAGGACCACUUCCGCAACGUCGGGAUUCAAUCCGACGCUGGUGAGGUGGUCGAGCACGACGAGGUGAUUGACCAAUUAGGCGAGGGCUACGUUGCACUCCGCGCUGUGGGCUGGGUCCGCUCGAUCACAGACGAUCGGUCCAACUGCUGCUACGCCUCAGAAGAAGAAGAAGAAGAAGAAGCCGGGCUCGAACCCGGCUCAUCGCUUCCUCACGCGGUUAUGACGGAGGAGAAGAAGGAGAAGAGGGAUCUCACCUUCAUACCAUACUAUCUGCGUGCGAACCGCAGAGGCAAGGGACACAUGAGGGUUGGCCUGCUAAGGAAAUGA